CAAAGAUCGGCUGCUACCCUUUACUAAAUGCCAGACACAUUCUUUGCAACGAACGUUUCGCCCCGUUGACAACAGUGAGGAUGACCGUCCCUAUGUGUAUAUCUUACUGCGACUCAGUGCAUAGGGCCUUGUUUGCCACAUUAUCUGCGACAGACAGUUGCUGCUGUAGCAAUUCUGUGGCCGGUGCCAGGAAUGGAAUGCUGGAGUGGUGCAACAUCCCCUGCACAGGAUCUCCUUCUGUUGGUUGUGUGGGCAUGAUGUACAACAGUCCACGGGUGGCCACCUUCCAGUUAUCACGACUGCCAAGCUUCAAGAGAUGGCCCAGAGAAACCUUCACAAAAGCAGACUGGCUGGAACCCAUCUUUCCAG